AUGAGUCUCUCAUGGGUUUUUAGCAGUUUUUAUCCACGAUCGUUUUGCCAGCCCAUCAUUGGAUUUCUCAGGCACCGUCUCGCAUGUAACCUACUUGUUAGUGGCUCCGAUGCUGAUCAAUUAGCAUUCGAGAAGUGUCUGCAGUUAGCAACGAAUUUGUCGUGCGUUAAUGAAUAUCAGAGUCAAACAUAUAAUGUGUGGCAUGUUGACGGUGCACAAACAGCCCAUGAUGCCAUAGAUAAAUGGCGUGAAGACGAAUCUUUCAAUAAAUCGAUUGCUGUUACGAAGCUGUUAUCAGAUGCGGAUGCUUUAGCUUUGCAUGACCAUUUUGUAAGCGUCGAGUUGGCUAGGAUUGAUGCUGAGAUCGCUGCAAUGGAGAUGGAGUUGGCAGAACUGCAAACGGAUGCUGAGGAAGGGCCGACAUGGCCUGCAGCUGUUCAUGCGUAUAGCAAGCCACCUAAUCGUUACCAAGUUUGUAUCUUUCAGGUGCCUACGUGGGAGUUUUUCACGAUGAAGGAUAUUUUUCGUAGCGAACCCAAUCAAAAUGUGCGCCCGCUUGAAGGGAAAGAUCGGGAUGAUGUUAUGGAAGAAUUUUUUAAACUUUCUAACUGUUUGAGGUUGUUUGAUCCGCAACGUGGCAUGGACUACAUGAUUGACCUUGUCUAUAAAGAUGCUGCAACACAGGUGACUGUUGAACGCCGAGUUCAUCUAUGUCGUAUGAUUGCUGGUACACAGCUUUUGAAUCAGGUUCCCUAUGUUAAAGAAGACACAGAUAUGACAAUUGUUGUUCCUGUGAGUGACGAAUCAGAAGUACUACCUGCUCGACGUCUCCUUGCAAGACAUGCUCGGUUGUGUACUGCACCAGCAGAGGAGACAAGGAAAACAAGAGUGGUAGUCGCGCUUCUACCAGGAAUUGAACCACGUUCAGCAAUGAACAUCGGAAAUGAUUUAGAAGAGCUGAAAAGAAGAUGCAAACGUUCUGGGUUAGAGUCAGACUUGUUGCAAUUACAAGAUUCGUCAGGUGAAAAAAGUGUUCGUGAGAGUACAUCUGGAGACGUAGCUGGCGGAAGUGCCGCACUCGACGAAGCCAUUGAUCGCUACGGAUCCGGAUCCAUUUUUUUGCUGUUAUCACCGUAUGCUGACGUUCAAAAGGAAUUUCUUGAUCGAGCUCGUAUCAAUACUAUCAAACAUUACCAGGUGUUUUUUCCUAUUCCGUUUGUGGAGUAUCAUCCAACGAUUUCGGGAAUGGACAUUGAAGAGCAUGAGGCCCCUAUUGACCAAAAAGAAGCGCGUGAUGCAGCCCUUGCAAGGCUACGCGAUUCUUCUCCACCUAGGCGAAAACGGCCAUUAAUUGUUCAAAAGGACCACGGUCGUUUCGACUCUCUUGACUUUUCAUGCAUGGCCGUCUAUGGGUCUGAUUACGUUGUUAUGCGACCUAAACUCUUCGGAAAGCGAUUGGAUCUCAUAACUGCCUUUUUGAAUCAAGGCGAGAUUCACAUUCUUCGUGCUGUGGAGCCAACACUUAGGCUAAGGUAUCAUCAAAAGACAUGUGACUUGGAUAUGGUUGAAGAGGACCACUCCCGCUGUAUGGCAAGCAAGCGUGAAAAUAUAGCAGCUAAGGAUCAACUUGCUCGGCUACUUUUCCAUGAGGAAUAG